AUGCCAAACCAAGUUUUUCUUUUUAUUUCUUAUUGUUUAAUUGGGUAUUGUCUUGCACAAACAAAAUAUAUUUGCCAAGUGAAACAAAAUGAUCUUGUUAAUAUGUUUUUUGAAGCAGAAGAUGAGAAUUGUUAUUAUAAAAAAGAAGGGAAUAAAAUGUAUUAUAUUCAACUUAUGAAAAACAAUAAAGGAGAAAUGAAGGCAUAUCAAAUUGAACAAACAAAUUCAAAUUAUUGCACUGACAUUAUUAAUAAUGAUGAAUAUUUAUUAGACCCUUUUAUUCAAUGUGAAAAGUCAGGGUCACUUCCUAAUUAUGAUGUAAAAGAUUUUAUCAGUGUUGAUGAUUCUUGUUCAGAUGCUUCUCCAGUUUAUUUAACAUUUUAUUAUUUAGUUAAUAUAUUAAUAAAUGGUAAAAUAUACAAAAAGACUUCUAAUCAAUUUAUAAAAAUUAGUAUUAAUUCUAAUGGAACUGCUUCAGAAAUUGAAUCUUUUGAAUUUAAAUGUUAUUCAGAUAUUAAAAAUAGGUAUUAUCACAGUGUUUCAAAUAAAGAAAAUGUAGAAGAAUAUUAUUAUAUAAUUGCUAAGUCAAAAACAAAUGAAAUUCAAAGAAUUGGGCAUUCUACUAAUGGUGUGUGUUAUGAACAAGGAGACAAAUAUAUUAAUUUUGAGAGUUCAUUUUCAUUGAAAGAUGGAAAAUUUAAAGAUAUAGUAAGUCAAUGUGAACAUAGUGAAAGUGGUUGCACAGAUUCUUGUUCAAAUAGAAUUGAUUAUGAAAGAACUAAUCCAAACACUUAUCAACCACCAGAAACAAAAAUCAUUUAUCAGUCAAGUUCUAAAAGUGAAAGUGGUAGAAUAGUAGAAUAUAUUUAUGAAAAUGUUUGUGCUGAUUCUACAAUAUAUAGAACUGAAGUUAGUGGAUUAAAUAAAAUAACAUUUACUGAUGAUUUAUGUAAUUCUCAACGAACAAUAGCUGUUUAUAGUAAAUGUUAUUCCAAAAUGGGAAAUAACUAUAUUGUUUGUUCACCAAAUUGGGCUUAUAUUGGAGAUGAAUCUAAGUAUACAGUCUAUUCAAUAAAUAAAUGUAGUUUAAUCAAUAAUAAUUUGUAUGGAAAGGUUGUUUCUGAAUCAAAUAAAUGGUAUCUUAAAACUGGUCUUACAAUUUCUUCAUGUGAAACACCUUCUUCUGAAGUAAUAGUAUUACCUAACAAGCCAUUGAGUGAUAUUCUUUCUAUAGAGAUAUUAUGCACUUCUAAAGAAUCUUGUAAUAAAGAUAGUGAUGGAAUAAAAACAUAUUAUACUGGUACAAUUGAUGAAUCUUCUAAAUAUUCUAUUGAAAAUGGAUAUUUAGUUAACAAUGACCAUAGUUUAUAUUAUCAAUGCAAUUCUAUUAUUACUAAAGAAUCAACAUUAUUUUAUUUACAAUGUGAUGACCAGGAUUCAUUUGUUCAUUUCUAUUAUUCAGAAAAUGUUUUGUCAUAUAUUGAGUACACAGCUGGUAUUUGUUAUAAAACAUCUACUAUGUCAUCAGUUCAAAUAACUAAAAGAGUUGAAGGAGAAGUAAAAAAAGUGAGUUAUACUCUUCAUGAAUUUGGAAAUACAAAAUGCCAAUCAACUCCAACAUUUAAUGGUUCAUUAGAAAUUAGUCAAAUUAAUACUCAACAACCAAAAGGUGAUAUAAAAGCAAUUUCAUUUGAUGUAGAACAAGACCAAUCAAGUUGUAUUAGUAGUUAUGAACCUGAGAUAUACACAGAGUAUAUAGUAGGAGCAUGUAUUGAAAAACAGAAAUAUUCAAAAGAAAAUAAUAAAUUAGUAUUAAAGAAAUAUUCAGACAAUGAAUGUGAAAUUGAGUUAUCUACACUUUCUUCAAAAGAAUGUAAUACCUGUUUAAAAGGAGAAACAAAUAUUUAUGUUAAUUGUUGUGUAAGUGCUUUUCCAGAUGAUUGUCCAAAUGAAUCAAAUUCAAGUAAAUAUAAAGGAAUUAUUAUGAUACUUUUUAUUUUACUUCUAUUAAUUAUUUAA